UUUGAUCUAAUAUUUAAAAAAUAUGAUUUCACUUAAAAGAGCUAUAUAUAAGACUCUCACUAUAGAACUUUUGUACAAUACGAGCAACCUCAGAACCUGUCCAAUAUGCUCGGGCUUUUGUCGAGUCCUCUGACGGGGCCAGUAGAAGAUGUUUGGAGGCCGAUUCUAUUUGACUUCGACACGUCAAUAUAGUACAGUAGCCACCCGCCGACGAAUAACACGUGGCCUAUACACAGCUGUCUCCAAUUCCGUCUGGUAUUCCACAAUUUUGACAAUUUUCAUCUUUUCCCUUUCACCGUCCUUAUUUUCCCGCACUUUCCCGGAAAAUUUCCCAACCAAAAAUCACAUCCUUUUAGACUCCAAAUCCCCAGCCAAAUUAGUCAAAUUCACUCUACCCAGAAAAUUGAACCCAGCGGUGAUGGACGUCUCUCUCCUAUACGACACCGUUACAGUCGCCACCACCGCACAGGGCCUAGGGUUCGCCAAGUUCCUAAUUCGUCACCAUGACCUCACCUCCAACAACCAAAUCUCAAUCACCGACUCUCAUCCAGAUCAAUCCUCGCCGUCCAAUGGAGUCCCCCAGAUCUCCGCCGUUAUUUUUCCCGUCGACGCUGUCGCUCCGCCGCGUGUCAGGCCCAAUUCUCACAAAACCGCCACCCGAACCCUCCUUCGCAAAAAACGCCGCACCAGACGGAGAUCGUCGAGCGGCGACGAUUUGAACGACGGCGGAGAAGAGGAUGGUGGGUUUUUCGGCGGAGACGGUCCGUUUUUCAACGGAGGCUGGGGCGGAAGCGGAGGUGGUGGCGGGGGUUGGAAUUUCGAUAGAUUUGGAGGGCAUAAUUGGGAUGAGUCGUCGUCUUCUUCGCCGUCGGAUCCUGCGUUUGAUUUCGUGUACGAGGUGAUGUGUUGGAUUGCGCUUUCGAAUUGCGUGCACUUCGCCUUCAAGAGGGUUAUUCGUAUCGUGGCGGAUGGGUUGGGCGAUGCGGAGAGAGCGAAGGUGCCGAUGAGAUUGACUUCGGUCUGCUGAUGCGGUACCGUUUCGUUCUCAAUGCUUAACGUAUCAAAAAGGGGAUACAAAUCUGGUUUUAAUUUAUGUGUUGGUUGGGUUUACAUUUGAUGCUCAAAUUUGUAUAUAUAUUGGCAUUAUUUUUAUAAAUAGAUGGUUUGAUUAUGUUAAUAAUGCAUUUUUCUUUGAAUUA